AUGUACUCUGAGAGGAGUGAUCAGAUCCGCUUCGGUGAGUGGGACGCCAGCGACCCGAAGCACGAGCCGUGCGCGCACGAGGAACGCACCGUCUCGCAGAUGAUCGUGCACCCGUACGUCAACUCCGACAACCUGCAGCAGGACGUGGCGCGCUGCGGCUCUCACAGUCGCUCUAUCUCCAGCGGCCAGAGCUUUGACUACCAGCGCUGCUGGGUGGCCGGCUUCGGUAAGGACGCGUUCGGCGCGCAGGGCCAGUACAGCUGCAUCCAGAAAGAGGCGGACGUGCCGGUCGUGCCGCAGGGCACGUGUCAGUACCAGCUGCGCCAGACGCGGCUCGGCGGCGACUUCCGGUUGGACUUGCGCGCAUUCAUCUGCGCCGGCGGCGGGGAGGGCAAGGACUCGUGCGAGGGCGACGGCGGGACAGCAUAG